UUUACGCGUCGUAAGUUCUGCGAAAUUAGUUAAAAGUUUUUAAUUGCAUUUACAGCCCCCGGCUAGACGCUAAAACGGCGGCACACACUCAUAUGUAUACAUAAAGCGCGCGCAGGGUUGUAUUUUCGAUGCCGUCUCGUUCGGUCCGCUGUCAAACACUAACACCAACAAAAACUUUGGUACGCAAGAGAAAGUGCUUGAGCCAUUUUGGAAAAUACAAUUCCGCCAUAUUUACCGGCAAAAUUCAAAAUAUUUACAUUGUGCGACAACAUUUAGCAGAGCAUACGCACCAAUUGUGCAAUAAACGGGCAGUGUUUGAUCUCAACGAGAUCGCCAAACGCAACACAUUUAGCCAGACGAAACGUCUGACGCCGCUGCUGUUGCUGCUGCUGCCGUCGACGCAGCGCCCCACGCACCGAUGACAAUAGAAGCAAAAUAAAGUGAAGUAAAAGGAAGGCAAAAAAACAAGAACAAGAAGAACGUUGUGUUUUUUUGGAAACGCAAUUGGCCCCUGGCGGCAGAGGCAGCAUAUAUACACACACCAACGAGCGCGCGCGCCUCACACACACAAGAGCAACGACGACGCACGCAGACACAUAAAAGCAACAAAACAACAAAAACAAAAAAUAAAAGAAAGAACGAAAAAAAGAAGAGCAACAAACAAGACGUCAACGCGACGAUGACAAGUCAUCAUCAGGGCGGCAAAUAUCAGGCCAGGGCGCCGCCAAUUGUUAAGAAUCUUUCACUGGCCGCCGCUGCAGUUCCCCUGCCACUCUCCCUGCCCAUGUCCUCCUCCUCCUCCUCGUCGUCCAACUCCAAUCACCACAAUACACAUACAACCUCUCCAUUAUAUUUCACCCAAGUGAUGCCUUCAGCAUCGGCAGCCAGUGUGGAACAUCAGCAUCCCUAUAGCACUGAAUUGGAUGGAACGGAACACAUGGGAAAUGCUGGUGACAAUGGCAGCUUUCUCAUCGAGGAGAUUAUCGACGAUGAAGCAAACAUUGUCGUGGACACCGGCGAGUUUUUCAUUGCCGGCGAUGUCUACGAAUAUUACCCAGUGGAUCGCAUCGCCUCAUCACUGCCUCGCAUGGCUACCGCGGAUGCUUUGCCGCCGCCCAUAAUCAUGCAACAGCAGGAGCUCGGCAGCGAUGAAGAGGAGGAUGAUGACGACGACGAUGAGGAUGUGGAGCAACAAAUGGAUGGCGAUAUGCGUUUAUCGUCGGGCGAUGAGGAGGAAGAGGAGCUGCCCAUGUUGCAACGCGAUGCAAAUGCCUUUGAUAUUGCUUCCGAAAUGCUAACCACCAUUGAGGCAACGGCCGAGACCAUCAAGGAGGAGCAGCUCGAAAAUGAUUACUAUAUGAAGUCCACAGAUGAUUCAAACAGCUGUCAUGUGCAGGACUUUAAACCCUUUGGCCGCAUGCAGCGUCAGACAAACGCCAGUGCAUGCAACACAACCAUUAAUGGUGCCAAUGGCAGCACAAAGCGUUGGAAACAAACUAAAGUUCCCAUUCGCAUCACCGAGGAUCAGUUUAAUGUUACGCUCUGGUCGUCCCUCAACUCUGAGGAUGAGGACGACGAUGCAGAGCUGGAAAUGGAGAAUGCACAUGGUCAUCAGAUAAUCACAACAUCGAGCAAAGCGAAUGUCAAGCCAAAAAUGAUUAUCGAUCAUAUGAUACACCAUGAUGUGCUUAAUGAUGGCAUUGGCAAUGAAUAUGUCAUAUUACCGGAUCCAUUUAGUGCCGCAGCUGUCACCGAUGUCGAGGAGGUGGUCAAUGCCUAUAUGCGUGAUGACGAGGACAUCGAUGGCGAUGCGGAUGACAUCAAGCAACAGCUGGAAGACGACGAAGAGGAGGAGGACAGUCAAUCGCUAAGCGAGCAAUAUCAGCUGGAUGAAGCAUAUGGGAGCAUUGAACUCAUUGAGAAUAUGCCGCAUCCCGUUGAGCUAAUGACUGCGCCCGCUGCCUGCACACCUGCUAAUCCCAUAAUCACCAGCAACCCGAACACAGCGCCCGCUUUGAGUGGAGCGACAUUGCCAAAGGGGCUGCCCAAGUUGGUAUUGCAAAACAGCAGCACAAAUGUGCGACUGAAAGCGAACAACAACAAUGUGGGUGCCCAGAAGGCAACCACCAAGCGGCAGUUGAACGCACCGCCUCCAUUGGUGCCAGCUAGCAGCAGUGGCAGCAUCAUGCCACAGCUGCAACAACAGCAGCAGCACCAUCAGCAGCAGCAACAACAACAGCUUCAAAUGCCAACGCUACAACGUGGCCAACAGGCAGCAACAGCAACACCAGGUGCUGCAGCAGCCGCCGCUGCCACCGCUGAGGACGAUGAGGAGCCGAAGUUUCGUUGCACACAUCGUGGCUGCAACAAGGAAUUCCGCAAUCACAGCGCCAUGCGCAAACACAUGCAUACGCAUGGGCCACGCGGUCAUGUGUGCAACGUCUGUGGCAAGAGUUUCGUGGAGAGCUCAAAGCUAAAGCGACAUCAGCUUGUGCACACCGGCGAGAAGCCCUUCGAGUGCACCUUCGAGGGCUGCGGCAAACGCUUCUCGUUGGACUUCAAUUUGCGCACGCAUGUGCGCAUACAUACGGGAGAUCGACCAUAUCAUUGCCCCAUUGAUGGUUGCUCCAAGUGCUUUGCACAGUCAACCAAUCUCAAGUCGCAUAUGCUGACGCACUCGAAGCCCAAACGUAAAUGGCCCCGCGCCCAGGGCGGCCAGAUGAACAGUAAAACGCCAUUGGUGGCGCGCUAUGGACGACUGGAGUUUGGCGAGGAUCCCACCAUGGUGUAUGUGGAGUCCAACGAGGAGCUGGCGUCGGUGCUGCUGGAUAGUACGUCGACGCCGGCAUCCUAACUAGCAGUGACGUUGCCUUUGGCUGUUGUCAUCUGAAUCGAAAAUGAUCUGCAUCAAAAUGUGUGGCUGGAGAAAAGAGAGAAAACAAGUUUUCUUUUUUUUUUUUCGUCUGUACAGUUAGUUGUAAGCACUAUCAUUAGUUUUGAGGAGCUGUGCUAUGCUGACUGCAAUGGCAAUUGGAGGCACAAACAAUUGGUGCACCUGGUGCCACAUGAUGUUGCCCCUUCUUUGCUGUUGCAGGCAGUUGCUGUGCUUCACCUCCCCCAACAAAGUAAUUGCUAAGUUUUAAAUGCUAAUGCGAGGAGUCGAUAAGUUUUUUGAAGUUUUUGAAUUGAUUGGAAUGCCCGGCACGAUGGUCAACAAACGAAAAAAAAGGAAAAAGAAAA